AUGACACAAGGAAGGGGGACUGAAACCCAAGGAAGUAGCUCGGUUACCAUUUCGGAACCCGUUCCAGUUUUACAGCUUCGCGGGGCAACGAAUAUUCGGCCCACGAUCGGAUCCAAUGCCAAUCAGCGAAAUAAUGUUCACUGGAAAGAAGACGUUGUGGAUAAUGAGCAUUUAAAUAAAAAGAAAUCUAAAGUCUGUUGCAUUUUCCAUCCUCAGCAGAAUUUCGAAGACACAGACGCUAACGAAUGCGAUGAUCAUUGUCACGAACACUCAUCAUCGUCCUCGUCUUCAUCGUCCGAAUCAGAUGCUGAAAACUCUAAGAAAUUGGAUUUUGAAAGCAGAAGGAAGGCAAGGAAAGAAAGGCGUCACCGCAAGCUUCAGCAGAAGAGGUCUUCGAGUCCAAACGCAUACGAGUUUCAGCCAGAUUACAGUAACUUACGAGAUAAACCUGGUGGCUCCGGUAGCAACGCGUCCGAAGCUCAACAAAAAUGA